GGCCCAGCACAGACAUCCAUCCUAUCACGAUCCACCAAUCCACCGACAAACUCCGGAAUCUUAUCGACGCUCUGCUCCACAGAGAGAGCACAGCACUAAACCACCGAAUAUUUCAUGCUCGGAUUGAUGCUACCAUACACCUUUCUCUCGUCCGAAAAGGUCCUUCAAGUGUAUAUGGCACAGAUGGAAUCCUCCAUUGGGAAGAAGCGCACAUUCAAACGAAUGGAAAAAAGUAAUUGCAUCCGUCAUACUCUCCAUCAUCAUCCAAGGUAGGAAUCCCUCUAACACGCUAUCGCACGUCAGGUAUGGCUGGCACAGCACAUCAAGCACAGUCAGGAUGCGGGAUGUGUGCGGUGUUACAAUGACUACCUACUUGAUCGGACACCGAGCACCGAAGUCUUCUAUUGCGAUUCAACAGGUCUUGCGUGCUUUGCCGUAAUGGAUCAUGACAUAUAAGACAAGACUAAUAUCCGUUUCCUUUUUUUGCAUUUUGGAUAUUUAGAUUCAAUACUACUUUGUGUCAUCUAUCUGAAGUAUCCAAAUCGCGCGAUAUAUACACAAACUUUGGCCAAGAUGAGGUUUUUGUGUUUACAUGGAAAAGGCACAAGUGCUGAGAUCUUUUCCAUUCAAUCUGCGGCAUUUCGCCAUCUCCUUCCUCCCUCGUAUACAUUCGAUUUCCUCGAUGGUCCCUACACAUCUCCCCCCGCAGCCGGUGUAUCCCUCUUCUUCAACCCACCAUAUUAUGCCUAUUACCACUCCUCAGACCCCUCAGCCAUCCGCGAAUCCUACUCCUUCCUCCAAGAACACAUUGAUAAAAAUGGUCCUUACGAUGGUGUAAUGUGUUUUUCGCAAGGAUGUGCGCUCGUCGCGGGGUUCUUGCUAGAUCAUCAGGUUACCCGACCGCAUAUUCCUGUGCCAUUCAGCUGUGCCAUUUUCAUUUGUGGAGGCAUGCCAUUACCCAUCAUCGAAGAUCUGGGUAUUGAGAUUCCCAUUUUUGCACGAGAUUUGGAAACUCAAUCCGUAAAAGAACUCUUCGCAACCGCGAAGUCGGUCGAAACGGCAAAGCCUGGUGAUGAUUAUUGGAAUACAAAGGCGGAGAAAACUUCAAUUCUGAACGUGGAAAAUGUAGACAUGGAGAAUCCAUAUGGAAUACAAGUUCCUCAGGGAUGGAAGAUACAGAUCCCUACCGUACAUAUUUAUGGGCAGAAAGACCCCCGUCGGUUGGCUGGGUUGAAUCUGGCGAGCUUCUGUGCGGGAAAGAAGAAGGUUUGGAAUCAUGGGGGUGGUCAUGAUAUUCCCAGGUUGUCGAAAGUUUCGAAUGAGAUUGCGGGAUUGGUGAAGUGGUGUGCAAGUGCCGUAGAAGAGGAGAGAGAGGCUGAAGGGUUGUGAUGUAGUAUGAUGUGAUACGGAUUGCAUUUGAAAGAGCUUUGUAAGAUCUUGGUUUCUAUAAAGUUAUGUUAACUGGAACUGGUUUCUUUUCUUCGAAGGGAGUAUUUAAUAAGAAGAAAGUCUAGCUACGCUCCUAAGGCCUGUUUACGACAAUCUUCAUGGGUUUGUGUAUAUUCGGUUGCUUUAGGGGCUGCCACCAUGAUCUUAGGACUUGGAAGGAUAUUACGAAUAUAUUUAGACUUUGGGAUAUUCUUGCUACCCAUUAUACUAGAUUAAAAAUAUUCUAUACAAGUUACAUUGAAUUACAUUAUCAAUACAAUAAACAGUCUUACACCUCA